CCGCGACUCAUCCUCCAGGGCGGGGAGAGGUGGCAUUUGAGUCCUCCCGUAUCCCAGCAGGCUGUGCAGUCUGGAGGCGCUGACAAAGGAGUGGAGGAGCAGUCGUAGCUGCUUUCCGAGGAGCCAGUGUUGCCGAGAUUGCCAAAAUGUUUUGGAGCUUUUAAGUGCAUCUAAGAAAGUCCAAAAUAGAUUUGAGACUGUGAAGACAGAAGCAGCAGCGAGGGGGAUUCAGUGCCAAUGCAUCAACAAAAAAGACAACCAGAGUUAGUGGAAGGAAACCUUCCUGUUUUUGUGUUUCCCACGGAGCUAAUAUUUUAUGCAGAUGAUCAGUCAACACAUAAGCAAGUGUUGACUCUGUAUAAUCCCUAUGAGUUUGCCUUAAAGUUCAAAGUUUUGUGUACUACUCCAAAUAAAUAUGUUGUCGUUGACGCUGCAGGUGCAGUAAAGCCUCAAUGUUGUGUGGAUAUUGUGAUUCGUCAUAGAGAUGUUCGAGCCUGUCACUAUGGUGUGAUAGACAAAUUCCGCCUCCAAGUUUCUGAGCAAAGCCAGAGGAAGGCUUUAGGAAGGAAAGAGGUGAUUGCUACUCUUCUCCCAUCAGCAAAGGAACAACAAAAGGAAGAAGAGGAAAAAAGAAUAAAAGAACAUUUAACAGAAAGUAUAUUUUUUGAGCAGUCGUAUCAACCAGAAAACAGAACUGUCUCUUCAGGACCUAGUUUGCUAACUGUCUUCCUGGGAGUGGUAUGUAUUGCGGCCUUGAUGCUGCCUACUCUGGGGGAUAUGGAAUCGCUGGUGCCUCUCUACCUCCACUUAAGUGUGAAUCAAAAAUUAGUGGCUGCUUAUAUCUUAGGGCUUAUCACAAUGGCUAUACUUAGAACAUGAACAAAGAUUAAAACUGACUUCUGAAGUAUAAAUUUAUCUUGAAAAUAUGAAUGUGGACUGCCUUUUAUCUCUAUUUCACUCCAUUUAACACACUACAAAUUAUUGAAUGAUUUCAAAUAACUGCAAAUGUAUAAUAUAUAUUUUCAAUUAGUCUAUAAUUUUAUUUGAGGGACUCUAGCACUUUAUGUUAUAGACAACAAGGAUACUUCUGAGUGAUACCUAAGAAAUUUUUUAAGAAAGUCUUUUAAAAUCUAUACCUAUUGUGCAAAUAACUUUAAAAAGGUAAUUUUCUCAUCUUUUUUUUUCUAAUUCACUUUGAUAAGGGUCAUGGAUCCUUCAAAGUUAAAGGCCUAAAUGAGCAAACUGGCUAGCCAGAAAAUAAAACUGCACCUAUUUCUUAGAUAUAAGCAUCAACAUUACUAUGUAAAUUAUAGACUGCCCUCUAUCAUUGCAAAUAGUUGCUAUAGUGUUUCAAAACAAGCAUUUUGCAGUCACUGUGUGUAGGGUUGAAAAAGCAUAAGGUACUUACCAAGGGAUCAUGCUUAACCUAGAGUCUCAUAGAAAACAGGAUGUAUUAUACUCAUCUUGUGAACUACAGAAUAGAUUGUGGUCCAGACACCAGGUACCUCAUAGAAGCAGAUUGACUUCUUUGUUUAGCCUGAGAGUUCUAAAGGAAAGUUAGGCAUCUGUUUAAUUGCUUGGUUCAUCCUGGCUUUACCUCUUGUUAAUCUUUUAUGUUACUAAGGGGAGAACCAUGUUGUUUUCCUCCCAAGCCCCUGGCCCCAAUUAGGAGUAUCAGAUACCAGGUAGUUUCUGAGGAGGUUUUUUUUUUUUUCAUCUUUAAACUCUAAACCAAGUCUAGAAAACCCUUGAUACCUGUGUCUAUUUUAUAUCAGUCACUGAGAUAUUUUUUAAGCUUUUAUUUAUUAAAAUAAAUUUACCAAAAAAGUCCCCUAAGCACAACUAUUUACAUUACUUUAUAGUGUUUUCUGAUCUCUAACAUAUACGCAGUGUUAACUGUUCUUGUUAGAGAAGUUGAUCUUUUGUCUUAGGAUUUUUAUCUGAAAGCACAAUGCAUUGAGUCUCUUGAAAAUCAUCUUUCAGCUGUUUUAUGGAAUAAACUUUAUGCACUGCUACUGUAGCAUUCUCACGGUAUGUAUGUAAACAAAUGUAUGCCUGAAGUUGAUUUUUGCAGGAAACAUUACUCUGCUUCUAGAAGCUUUUUGUCUAAUAUUUCAUAAGAAAUCAUUGUUUAACCAUUUGUGUAGCAUAAAUCAUUCAGUGAAUCAUGUCUGUACAUUGUAUAAUGACUGAAAAGCACAUAAAUGUAAUCAACUUUGAACUCAUUAAAAAACCAUGUUUGGGA